UGCUGCACGUCUCUGUGCGUGGCUGCUGCUGGUGGAGUUCAAUCGUCACUUACGACUGAUAACGCCGAGUUAACACUGACGGAGACAGUGAAGGCGAGCAGCUGUGCAGCGCCGACGACAUCAUCGAAAGGGAAGCCCAAGAAGGUUACCAUUACCACUAAAGCGACUUUGAAGAAAAAGAGUAACCAAGAAGAGAUGAAAGAAGUUACCAAAACACCAAAUACGGAACUUGACGUUUCCGAGGGUUACAACUUGUCGCUGGGUCACACGUUGGUUGUUGAGACUAAGAAAAAAGGUGAAAGUGCGCAACUCACACCUGGCAGCCCCGUUACGUACGUUGUCAGUGUUACAACCACUACUGCGGGCUACGCCCCUACGGAAAUCACAACGAAAGAGGAUCGUGAGGUGAGUGUUCCCGUCGGACACGACGUGAAUAUUGCCUAUGAGCUUGCAGCAACAUGCAUCCCUACCCCUGGAACCAAUCUACCUCUCCCGCCUAAAAAGGACAAAGCCACCAAACAAAUAACGGACAUACCGGAGGAUGAGGCAAAAGCUCUAUCUGAGAAAGCAAGCAACCCAGAGCCUAACCCCACAACCACUACCACCACCACUGGUGGAAAGCCAAAUGAUGAAACCAAUUCUGGUGAAAGUAGCAGUGCUGUAAGCAAAGACCUCCCCGCUCCAUCUUCCAGCGCGAAGGACGGCACAGAAACCGACAACUCCGUCCCAGUGAGUGACGCCGAUCACACUGUGUCCACAGCCACACCUCAAUCAGGGACCACCACCGAAGGGGCACCCAACGCUGACGCCGGUACGUCCACCUCUGCGGGAGAGGGCGCGAAGCUUCCUGACCGCAACACCGACGCCAGCAGCAGCAGCACUGCGUGGGUGCGUGCCCCACUGUUG